AUGCCUGUCAGUGGACAGUCAUCUGUGCACAACUCAGUCCUGAAUCAGGAGAUCCGGGCAACUGCAUCUAUAGGUGACCUUGAAUUUGGCAGUGGUGAAGGAAAGGAGCUGAGCAUGGAGUACAGGUGGCGUGGGUCCUGGUAUGAGCGGUUUGUGCAGCCCUGCCUGGUUGAACUGCUGGGCUCUGCCCUCUUUAUCUUCACUGGGUGCCUGUCAUUCAUCGAGAACAAGCCAGAAACUGGGCUGCUGCAGCCGGCCCUGGCCCAUGGGCUGGCCCUGGGACUCAUCAUUGCCAUGCUGGGGAAUAUCAGCGGUGGACACUUUAACCCUGCCGUGUCCCUGGCAGCCAUGCUGAUAGGAGGUCUUAACCUGAUGAUGCUCCUUCCCUACUGGAUCUCCCAGCUGUGUGGAGGGCUGAUUGGGGCCACCCUGGUCAAGGUGGUGAGUCCAGAAGAGAGAUUCUGGAAUGCAUCUGGGGCAGCCUUUGUGACAGUUCAGGAGCCAGGGCAAGUGGCGGGGGCAGUGGUGGCAGAGAUUGUCCUGACUGUACUGCUGGCACUGGCUGUCUGUAUGGGCUCCAUCAACAAGAAGAUACAGGGCCCUCUGGCCCCAUUCUCCAUCGGCUUUUCCAUCACUGUGGAUAUUUUGGCAGGGGGUACUAUAUCUGGAGCCUGCAUGAAUCCUGCCCGUGCCUUUGGACCUGCUGCGGUGGCCAACCACUGGGACUUCCACUGGAUCUACUGGCUGGUCCCACUCCUGGCCAGCCUGCUUGUGGGAGUGUUUAUCAGGUUCUUUAUUGGAGAUGGGAAAACUCGCCUCAUCCUAAAGGGAUGCUAAACUGAGACGGUGGACUUCCUGCUGCCCUGGUGCCCUCAGCAGACCGAUCCUGGCCUGCAGACAGGGCAGCUGCAUUUCCUAUUGUUGCACAGACCCAGAGGAGCAACCAACUUCUUCCCCAGACUGAGGCCUUGCUUCUCAGAUGGACAGACUGCUACUAGGUCCUGAGAGUGCUGUAGGUUCUGGGAAUUCCCCUGUGCUCAUCAGAGCCCUCAACCUGGGGAACAUGUAGCUAGCAUGUAUCAGAAAGACAGUCCCAGGAACAGAGAAGCAGUUGGAAAAGGGGGCUCUCUCUAUAUAGCAGUUCACUUCCCCAUCCCCUUAUUUGGUCCUCUUGUGCCCUGAGUCCUCUGUUACAGAGAAGCCUUCUGUUCUAUUUCCUUGCUUCCUGAGCUUCCAAUCUAGCUUUGUAAUUAAUAGUCUCAUAUUUCUUUUCACAUGCCCAUUGGCUUGCCUUUCAUUUCAGAAAUGGGCACUGCUGGGGAGGAAGAAAAUUCCAGGUUUGAUCUUGUUUAUCCAGAGUCUAGUUAAGGCUUGAGUCCAGCUUAGUAUAAGUAUUUAGGGUGCAGGCCAACUCAAUCUGUCUCCCAUGUAGCCAGACCCAUUGGAACUCUGUCUGGAGCUCAGAGACCAAUCUAGAAUCCAGUUUGGAUGCUAGUAAGAAUCAAUUCUGGAUCACAGAUCUCAGGACCCUGCUGAAAAGCCCACUGCAGUCUCUGGGUCUGGGUUAGGAUCCAGACCUGUUCAGAACAUGGAUUGGCCCACUCGCUACACUCCAGAUGGGGAUGAGUUGUGGGUGUGGGGUGGGUCAGAUCUGCAAAGAUUUCCUGAAGAAAUAGAUAAUGUGGCAUAAUACACAUGUGUUCCUCGGGAAGGACAUUUGGAUGGAAGAUGUGAGUAUACCGAUAAAAAAGAAUAAAAAAGGAUAAAAAGACAUAUUCUAAACAUCGCCCCUUGUAAGUAGAGGGUGUAUCUUUUCUGUAAGAAUCUAUGCAUUAUUUAUGGAAGAUGGCCAUUCUCAACAACAAACAAAAAGCUCACCCAGUUCUACAAGAUGAUCAAAAUACUUGCCUGAGAAAAAAAUAAAAUGUUCACUGGAGAAAAAUCACCCAUAUAAUAAGAGACUGCCUACUGAGAAAUGGAUACUAUGUGCCCAAACAUCCAGGACAUUUUUGGAGAAAAAGAGAAAGACAAAUAUGAAUAACAACCACAAACCUAAAGAAAAGAAAAAUGGAGGAAAUAAUAUGAUAACAUCAGAAACAACCAAAUUAGAA